AAGCGCUCGGGCUUCUUGCGUCUUGAUCGAUUCAUACCGCGGCGUCCCUCGUUUGGCUGCUGUGACUGCUCCCUGCGGGGGAAGUGUCUCGCGGCACCGAUAAACUCGCGGUGGCUGUGCGCGGAACUCCGUGGGGACCUGUUGAUCGGCCACCACCGAGGAGACGCGAUGGAGGUGCCAAACGGUGUAGAAGAACUGACUCCCAACUAAAGCAGCACUAAAAGUCGCACAGCAACAGCUCAUCCCAACAAUCUGUCAACAGGCUACACGAUGGAAAUCAUGGAUACGCAGCGUGCCUUGGAGGCUGUGGGGAGACUACAAGCUAAACUGAAGGAGCGGGGGGAGGCCCCCACACAGGAGAAGCUCUCCCUGCUGAAGACCGUCCUGCAGAGCCCCCUGUUCCUCCACAUACUCAGCUUACAGCAAGCUAAGCGGAAGCCCCUGGCGAAGCAGGGGAAGGGCAUUUCAAAAUCUGUAUCAAUGAACUGUGGACCAUGCCCGGGCGUACCAGUGGGGCUGAAGACUCUGUGUCACAGUGACUCUUACACAUGGGCCAUGGAGAACAGAUCCUCCCACAGGGAGGGCAGCAUGUCUUCCCUGGGCUCUCAGGAUCUGUCCUUUUCGGAAAUCUAUCCCAACAACUGCACUCACACCGAAUCGCAGUACUGCACGCCCCCUCGGAUCUCCCGCACCAUGUCGAUGGGCAGAAACCUGGCUGCCAUCGCUCACGAGAGGCGUCAUGUGGAGAUGAUUGAGCUGACCAAUGACGGGAAGGGCCUUGGCUUUGGCAUCAUAGGAGGGCGGAGCACAGGAGUCAUGGUCAAGACCAUCCUUCCUGGAGGAGCCGCCGGCCGGGAUAAACGUCUGCGUAGUGGAGAUCAGAUCCUGCGCAUCGGAGACACAGACCUGGCGGGCAUGAACAGUGAGCAGGUGGCACAGGUCCUGAGAAAUGCUGGUACCAAGGUGAAGUUGCUCAUUGCCAGGGAUAUGACCAAGGACAACCAUCUAUCCUCACCUGCCCUCAGCCAGGACAGCUUGGAUGGCACGCUCGAUGACUUGAAUGAUGAGUAUGAGUUCAGUGUGCAGUUCACUAAAAACAGCCGGGGCCUGGGAUUCACCAUCUCUAGCUACAUAGGUGACCUCAAUUCAGUGUACAGUGCCGGUGUGAUGGUGAAGAGCAUAGUGAAAGGCAGCGCUAUUGAUCAAGAUGGACGCAUCCACAUUGGAGAUAUUGUUCUAUCUGUAGAUGGAGUGAGCAUGCAUGGCUGCAGUGAGCAGAGGGCAAUGGAGGUGCUGAGGAGGACGGGGCCCCUGGUCCGACUGAGGCUGCUCAGGAAAUCCGUACGUCUGAGUCACAUCCUGCCACCAGUUCCGCCCCUGCAGCCGCUCCGACACUCCCACAGCUUCAACGAGGGGAAUCCCUACAGAGUGGGCCUCAACAGGAUUCAAGAGACAGGAAUCUGCUCCCUGCGUGAGAUCUCCCGGCGAGCAGCAUACGCCAACAGACGACCCCGACAUGAUUUCAGAAACGGCGGGAAACUGAUGCCAGCUGAAGAGGAGUACCUGAGGAAGAGGUGGCAGCAUGCGGUUGGACCCCGAUAUGAAGUUAUUGUGUGUCAGCUGGAGCGUUUCAGCGAGACAAGUGGUCUGGGCAUCAGUCUGGAGGCUCGGGCUGGACAUCAUUACCUGUGCUCCGUCUUACCUGAGGGGCCCAUUGGCCAAAGCGAUAAGAUCUUCACUGGAGACCAGAUAUUGGAGAUGAAUGGGAUCCCUCUCAUUGGAGAGACACAUAAGGAGGUGGUCAAUCUUCUGAAGGAGCUGCCGAUCCAUGUAUGUCUGGUGUGCUCCCGAGUUGCCCCCCCUUCAAUUCCAGACAGUGAUGAGGAAAAUGAUGAUGAAGUCCGCCUCACCCUGAAAGAGCUGCUGGCUGAGUUCAAUGACAAGUUGGACCAGGGCUGUGUCAUCCCCUGUCCUACGGCCGAGGACAUCACCAAGCGUGGCGUACCACCCAUGUCACCUCCCUUGGCCAUGUGGGAGAGAGAGGCUCAGGUGGUCGAGCUGGAGAAAGGCGAGUCGGGACUGGGCUUCAGUAUCCUGGACUACCAGGAUCCAGAAGAUGUCACUAAAACAGUGCUGGUCAUCCGCUCAAUGGUGCCUGGGGGUGUAGCAGAUCAAGAUGGUCGCCUGCUUCCCGGCGACCGCCUCAUGUUUGUCAAUGACACCGACCUGGAAGGUUCCAGCCUGGAUUAUGCUGUGUAUGUCCUUAAAUCCACUGGUUAUGGCCCUGUCCGUAUCGGUGUUGCCAAACCCCUGCCGCUGGAACUGUGUGGCGGCUUGACGCCCAUCUCAGAGAGGAGCUUGCGGGCUUCCUGCGAUGACACUGAGAGUCACACUCAGCUCGGCCUGCUAGCUGAAGCGGCCGAGGCUUUCGCCAACACUUUCCACUCUGAGGACAACAGCUUCGGCCAGCAGUGUUACAAAAGAACGGAAAACCAGUCACGUCAUCGCUUCGGCGUCAUGGACCAGGACAGGCAGCAAGCCCCUCCUCCUCUUCCCCCCACCAGCUUUGAGAAGUCUAUCACUGUUGUCCGGGGCAACCGUAGCCUUGGGAUGUCGGUGAGUGCUAUCAACGACGGCUCAGGCAUGCUGGUGCGCAGUGUGGUCCAGGGGGGCUCUGUUAGCCAGGAUGGCAGGCUGGGUGUGGGGGACGCCAUCUUGGCUCUCAACGGAGAACCUACCUCCAACCUGACAAACGCCCAGGCCAGGGCGACGCUCCGCAGACACUCUGUCAUAGGGCCAGAAAUGAGUGUAACGUAUGUCCCAGCCCAUCAGGUGGACAAACACCGUAUCCGUCUGUGUUUGCCCCCUCUGGCGUCCAUCGAGGCCGACAGUGCCUCUCCCUCGCCCACCCCACCGACACCCUCUCCUGAACCUGCAUCGGCCCCGGCCAGACCCCUCAGUCCAGUCAAAGCUCCAGCUCCAGCUCCUGCUUCAUCCACCCUUACACCCUCCGCCUCGGUCAAAUUCAAAACUGCUGCUCCAGAUCCAGCCGCAGUCAGAGUCCCUGCCUUGUUUAGAGCUCCAGCCGUAGUUCCCAGCAUCAGCCCGGCCCCAGACUCAAGUCGGCAUCCUCCCAAGUCUCUACCUCACGAGACUAGAGGAGAAGGAAAGGACAAGAUUAGUGCAGAUGGGAAAGUACCGACGCUGGAGGUGGAGAUAAAGGUGGACGGUAACGAGGAGGGCGAUGCGGAGGUCCCUCCUUGUACCACCUUGGUGUCGUGGGAUCACCCUAGGAGUGUUCAGCUGACGCGAGCACCAGGCCAAUCCCUGGGUAUCAGCAUAAUGGGAGGCAGAGGCAUGGGCUGCAGACUGAGCAGUGGAGAGAUGAUGAGGGGAGUCUUCAUCAAGCACAUCAGCCCCGACAGCCCGGCAGCAGAUAAUGGCACCCUCCGGACUGGAGACAGGAUACUGGAAGUGUGUGGUGUGGACCUAAGAGACGCCAGCCAUGAGCAGGCAGUGGAGGCCAUCCGCAGGGCCGGAGACACCGUGGUCUUCCUGGUCCAGUCGGGACAACACAGAUCUCAGUCUCCGAUACUCACUAACCAUGAAAGACCAACUCCAACACCCCAACCCAAUUCACACAGCAACAAGGUACCUUCGCCAGCCAUCGAGAGAAAGAAUCGAAGGAGCACCGGGACUGUCGCAGCACCUAUCGCAGCAGCAGCAGCUGAAGACGAGGGCGACAGGGGCAGGAAAAAGAUGCUGCAGCGCUACGGCAGCCUGUCAGGGAAGCUCCACAUGAUCGAGCUGGAGAAGGACCCCGCGGCUCACGGCCUGGGAAUCAGUCUCACGGGGAACAAGGACGGCUCCAGGGCCCGCAUGAGCGUCUUUGUGGCAGAUAUAGACCCUCAAGGUCCCGCCGGUUUAGAUGGAGGGAUACGGGUUGGAGACGAGCUACUGGAGAUCAAUGGUCAGAUCCUGUACGGUCGCAGUCACCAGAAUGCCUCCACCCUCAUCAACAGCGCUCCAUCUAAAGUCAAGAUCAUUCUCAUCAGGAAUAAAGCUCAGAAUCAAAAGGACCAGGAAUCCAGAUCAGAGUGUGAGGACACGGUCGACUCCAAGAUAGACUCUGCAGAGCAUGGAGCGUUGUCCAGCGACAUCCAGCAUGUCAUCCUACCUCAGGAUCAUGCAGGUCUUGGCCUCUGCCUGGCAGAAGAUGGUUCUAAGGAUGGACUGGUGGUCAGGUCUCUGGUCCAGUACGGCACAGCCAGUAAGGAUGGCAGGAUAAUGACUGGAGACACAAUCAUAGCAGUGGGUGAGGAACAUGUCGCCGGACUGUCAGUGGAGAAGGUGUCCAGUUUGAUUCUCAAACAUCGGGUCACUGUCAAGCUCUCCGUCAGACGUCCCAGCAGUCUCUCCCCCUCCUCCGCCACUCUACCUCACCCCUCACCCCUCUCCCAGCCCUGCUCCACCUCUCCCGUUCCGUUCCAAACCCUUCCCGUUUCCUCCUCCUCCUCUCCGUCCCUCAAUACCGCACACACCUCUACUGGAGGUCAGUCUGAUGGGCUGGGAUCUGCGCCCACGACCUCUGACCCAUUGAGCGGCCCGGUUGUAGCGGGCAGGGAAAGCACGAUAGAGAUCUGCAAAGGGAGCGUGGGCCUGGGCCUCAGCAUUGUGGGAGGAUGUGACACUCUGCUGGGGGCAGUAGUAAUCCAUGAAGUGAAUGAUGGAGGAGCAGCUCAGAGAGAUGGACGGCUGCAGGCUGGAGACCAGAUAUUAGAGGUAAACGGCAUAGACCUGCGGCAGGCUACUCACGACGAAGCGAUUGGCGUGCUGCGGCUCACCACCCAACGUGUCUGCCUGCGCUUCUUCAGGCACCAGGAGGCGUACAGGGAGGAGGACCUGUGGGACGUCUUCAGCAUGGAGCUCAGGCCUCGUCCUGGAGAGGGGCUCGGGUUCACCACAGUGGGGAAAAGUAAUGACACGGGCAUCUUUGUAUCAGAUAUCAUCAGAGGAGGCGUAGCCGAUUCAGAUGGCAGUUUGCUGCUAGGUGACCAGAUCCUGUCGAUCAACGAGGAGGACGUGCGCGCGGCCUCACAGGAACACGCACAGAGGCUGCUGCAGAGUCACAGUGGAGGGGUUCAUCUGGAGGUGGCUCGUUUUAAAGCGGGGGUGCAGUACUCACAGCGGAGCCAGAGUGAAGACUCCGACUGCUCCACCCUGAGGCCCUCGAGUGGAGGUGAUGCUUCCGUCGGCCACCAGAGGGAGUCGAAUAACAAAGCAGGGAGCUGUGCAUUUCAAGACUUCCCUGACGUCAGAAAAGUAAUAAUACAAAAGGAUCCAUGUGACUCGCUGGGCAUCAGUGUAGCAGGAGGAGUGGGCAGUCCCCAUGGCAACGUACCUCUUUUUAUUGCUACCAUGGAUACCAAUGGACUGGCUGCCAAAACACAGCUAUUACAGACAGGAGACAAGCUCCUCAGUGUCAAUGACGUGUCCACGGAGGGGAUGACCCACGUCCAGGCCGGAGCUCUGCUGAAGAACGCCACUGGAACCGUCAGCCUGCAGGUGUCAGAAGGUUCAGGUGUGUGCAGCACAAAGGACGACAGUGAUGUCCGUGCGCGGUCGUCAGGCCAACCGAGCAGCCUGCCCUGCUCCCACAACAACCUCUGCACCCGCAUGUAUCAGACCGUCACCCUGGAGAGAGGCUCCUCGGGCCUGGGCUUCAGCAUCGUGGGAGGGUUCGGCAGUCCUCACGGAGACCUGCCCAUCUACAUCAAAACAGUCUUCAACAAGGGGGCGGCCAUCGCCGACGGCCGGCUGACUCGCGGAGAUCAGAUCAUCGCCGUGAACGGACACUGCCUGGAGGGGGUGACUCACGCUGAAGCUGUGGACAUCCUCAAGAAGACCAAGGGAAGCGUGGUGCUCACUGUUCUCUCCUGAGACACAGCGUGAGUCAUUAUGUCCCAUUUUGAUUAUGUCUUACAGCAAAAUGGGCCCCGAGGUGACGUAGGUUCACACGGACCUGAGAAGACACACGUGGAGGGUUUAAGUGAUGUAGUUUUGUUUAAAGUCACAGGCGGAGUAGAUACUGUGAGUUUGUCUGUGUUUGGUGUGAGGGAGCCGCCUCUAACUGCAAACACACAGUAUUCCUAAUGUCAACUCAUUCCUGCUAUGGUGUCAUUUCGACUAAUGUGUUUAUUUUAUAAGUCUUCAUAUAAUCAAAUAUCUCUAUAUUUAUAAAAAAAGGAAUAAUUAAUAGUUUAAAGAUACUCAUAUAUUAUAAAGAAGACAAUACCACAGCGUCCCAAUCAUAAACUGUAUGUAAAGAUGGACGACAUGACAGCUUCCUAAAAGUGAAGCCAAGGUGUCUCACUCGCCCCCUUGUGGAUUGCUGCUGUAUAGGUCAUAAAUCCUGCCCUGUCCAUUGUAGUGGAUGAGACAUGGAUCAAACUAAACAGUCAAAGUGCAUAGUCAUCAAAUACAUUUUCCUUAAAGAUUAUGUUAUUUUAGAUAACUCCUAUCACACUGAUGUUUGUUCAAAACACGUUUCAAGUCAAGGUCGCUGUGACUCACAAAGGACAUUCUAUGCCUCGUGAGCAAGAUAUUUCAAAAUUGUCCUGAGGGGAUUUCUUCAAUAUAUUAUAAACGUUCACUUAGACUCAAAAAUGAACUGAUUCAAUUUUCAAAGGUCAAUUGAUCAAGUGACCUCAUGAGCAUGAAUUUGAUAUAUCAAGGACACCCGUAGGGAAUUUCAUUACGUUCAACGCAAACAUUCACUCGGCCUCAAGGAUGACCCGAUUAGAACGUAGAGGUCAAAGUGUGUGUUGCGUCUUCCAUCUUUAUAUUCAGUGUAUGGUCACAAUCAAUAAUGAAGAUUUGUGUCUUAGUCAGUCCUGUUCAUUGCAUUGAUUUGUGUCACUUCCCUUGUAACCACAUAAAUAAAUCAACACCCACAAACCUCCGAAACUGACAAAUGAAAGCAGAAGAAACAUCUGACAUGUGACAUGUUUUCACUGAUGUCUCCCGACUCCUGUUCAUUAUUCAGAGUCAACUCCUGAGAUCGACUCCCAACACCCAAACCAUGCCAAGUGCUUCUGCCAAUCUUUUGUGUGGCAAUACAGUUCUAGGACGUUUGCUUCGUAGGACCGCAUGUGUCACGAGUCCUUGGAUUACUGUAUUAGAGGACGUGUUUAUACUUUAACCACCGUAGGCCGAACAGGAGAGAACUCAUCUGUAAAAGCAGCUGUUGAUUCCGCUUUGAAUAUCAGCUGUAAGACUAACUCUGAUUUAUUUACUGAUUCCUUAUUUAUGAAUGUCUUCACAUAAGAACAUUUGAUCAGUUGUUGUUUUUUUUAGGACCACAUGGGAGUAUCGUUGUAGCAUAAUGUGCAAUCUUUGUUUAGAAAACCUUCUCAUACCUGUUUUAUAUGAUUUUAUAUAUACCAUGAUUAUUAUAUUUAUGUUUUUCUUAACUGUGAUUCAUUUUAUUUCAUUUACGGGAGUAGUCCUCAGCCUCAGCCCACACUCAUCUGUGUCUGGUAUUGUGCAACACUGUAUGUACUGUCAGUGAUCUUAUUAAACGUUGAUUUGUUAGA